UAAAAGCGAAAGGAAAAACAAACGCACCGUCAUCUGCGAAGACUCCGAAGGCCAAACCCCAGACUCAGCGACAGAGAGCAGCCAGCAGCCUCCUCCUCCUCCGCCGCCGCCCAUGUCAGGAGGAGGGAUCGCCCGCGGCCGCCUCGCGGAGGAGCGCAAGGCCUGGCGCAAGAACCACCCCCAUGGAUUCGUCGCGAAGCCGGAGACGAUGGCCGACGGGUCGGUGAAUCUCAUGAUCUGGAACUGCACCAUCCCCGGAAAGCAGGGGACUGAUUGGGAAAGUGGAUACUACCCACUUACCCUCCAUUUCAGUGAGGACUACCCUAGUAAACCUCCCAAAUGCAAGUUCCCGCAGGGUUUUUUCCACCCAAAUGUCUAUCCUUCAGGGACGGUCUGCCUCUCGAUUCUUAAUGAGGAUAGCGGUUGGAGACCUGCCAUCACUGUUAAGCAGAUCCUAGUUGGAAUACAGGAUUUGCUUGAUCAACCUAAUCCAGCUGAUCCUGCCCAGACUGAUGGUUAUCACCUCUUUAUCCAGGAUCCAGCAGAGUAUAGGAGGCGUAUUCGGCUGCAGGCUAAGCAGUACCCUGCUCUGGUUUGAGGAUCCGCGUAGCAGUCUAAAAUCAUAAAUUACCGCACCUGAAAAUAUGAAGUUUGACUAAUUAUAGCCCAAAGCGGGGUAUUGUGGGGAGCUUUCUAUUGUGACCGUGGACAUUUGUGACAUGUGGUCCGGUGUUGACCAAACAAAAAUCAGGUCCUCCAGCUUGAAUGAUGGAUGUAUGGAUACUUUUGAACUUAA